AGACUGUUCCUGUCCCGGCCUGGUGCGCGAGUGAGCCGUGCCGCCGAGCGAGGCAGGGUCGGGAGCGGUUCGACCUCUGUGACACCACCACCCGUGUGACGGGACCGUGCUGUGACUGCCGGGAGGGCGAUCCGUGCGGAGAACCAGGGCCGGCCGCAGCGGGCGCUGACAGAACAGGGAAAUGACAGCCUUGCGGCGUUCGUGAACAAGCAUGGGGCGCCCCGCCAGCCGCCAUGGACGCUGAAAACAGGGUCGUCCUCAACGUGGGCGGCAUCCGGCAUGAAACUUACAAGGCCACGCUCAAAAAGAUUCCGGCCACCCGACUCUCCAGGUUAACUGAAGCACUAGCAAACUACGACCCUAUUUUAAAUGAAUAUUUCUUUGAUCGGCAUCCGGGAGUAUUUGCACAGGUGCUCAACUACUAUCGGACUGGCAAGCUCCACUACCCGACGGACGUCUGUGGCCCUCUGUUUGAAGAGGAGCUCGAGUUCUGGGGCCUCGACUCGAACCAGGUCGAGCCGUGUUGCUGGAUGACCUACACCCAGCACCGCGACACGCAGGAGACACUGGCGGUGCUCGACCGGCUCGACCUGGACACCGACAAGCCCAACGAGGAGGAGGUGGCCCGCAAAUUCGGCUUCGAGGAUGACUAUUACAACGGCACCGUCUCCUGGUGGCAGAACACUAAGCCCAAGCUGUGGUCACUCUUCGACGAGCCCUACUCGUCGCAGGCAGCGAAGAUUGUCGGCAUCAUCAGCGUGUUCUUCAUUUGCAUCUCAAUCGUGUCAUUCUGUCUCAAGACGCAUCCGGACAUGCGCGUGCCCUGCAUCAAGAACGUCACCGUACAGACGGCCUUCAACGGCACCGCCUGGACGCUGGACAAGUUCAAAACCAAUCCGCACGAUGCCUUCUUUUACAUCGAGUGUGUCUGUAACGCGUGGUUUACGUUCGAGAUCUUGGUCCGCUUCGUGGCGUCGCCCAACAAGAAGGCGUUCGUCACGUCUUCGGUCAACAUCAUCGACUACAUCGCCACGCUCAGCUUCUACAUCGACUUGAUGCUGCAGAAGUUCGCCGAGGACGUGGAGAAUGCCGAUAUUCUAGAGUUCUUUAGCAUUAUUCGUAUAAUGAGACUGUUCAAGCUCACGCGGCAUUCGAGUGGGCUUAAAAUUCUGAUGCAGACAUUUCGCGCCUCGGCCAAAGAGCUCACCCUUCUGGUAUUCUUCCUGGUGCUUGGCAUUGUCAUUUUCGCCUCGUUAGUCUAUUACGCCGAGCGGAUCCAGGUGAACCCGCACAAUAACUUCAACUCGAUCCCGCUGGGACUCUGGUGGGCGCUGGUCACGAUGACCACAGUCGGCUACGGAGACAUGGUGCCCAAAACUUACGUGGGGAUGUUCGUCGGCACCCUAUGUGCCUUGGCAGGCGUGCUGACGAUUGCUCUGCCCGUGCCUGUCAUAGUCUCCAACUUCGCCAUGUACUAUUCGCACACGCAAGCGCGCGCCAAGCUGCCCAAGAAGCGCCGGCGAGUGAUAGCCGUCGAGCAGGUGCGGCCGGUCGCCCGCAAACCGGGCGGCAACGGGCCAGGCGGCAACGGCGGCAACCGCGGCGCCGCGCAGAAGAACCGCAAGGAGAGCAUGGUCGGCCUAGGCAUGACCUCGAUGGCCAUGCGCCUAAACCCGAACGGCGUCGGCCUGGAGGCGUCUCUGGGCGCCGGCCUGCUGCCCGGCUCUCUGGGCGCGCACCUGCUGGGUCCGGCGCUCACCGUCUCCUCUCUGCCGGCCGCCCCCGCCCCGGCCUCCGCUCCCAGUCCGCCCCCCGCCCCGGCCCCGGUCCGACCCUCGGCCACCCUGAGCCCGCUGGCGGCCCCCGCCGGCGGCCGGCCCAGCACGCUCAGCGGCAGCCGCUCGGUGGGCCUGCUGAGCGCCUCCGCCGCCGCCGCCGCCGCGCCGGCCGAGCGGCCCUCCCCGACCGGCUCUCUGUCGCGCCUGCUGCCGCUGCCGCCGACCUCGUCGUCGCCGUCGCUGCCGCCAACAUCGACACCGACACCGUCAGCGGCGCCGGCGGAGCGGCCGGCCAGUUCCGCCUCCCCGGUCCCGUUCCAGUGCUAGCCGCCGAGCGCGCCAACUCAGACAGUGGGCUGUCGCCGCCGCACCGACCAGUGAUAUACACGUUACACAGACUAUGGUGAUAGCAGUGUUUUAGACGCCGGCGCCGGUGUCUGCGUCUCGGGCCGAUGAACCGCGUGUACUUACUUCGUAGGCCCUCUUGAGUGAAUGAUUUCAUAAGGCAUUGUUUGUAGAGUAGUAGCGAUGAUGCACUAGUUAGCCGUUUCGAUGCACAUAUCUCGCCAUGGUCGCCACCGAGUUGGCCCUUCACCCGACUCUGUCCUCGGUCACCGCGCUGUUAUCUCUCACUGAAUUACCGGCCCGCGCUCACUGCGUGGCCGACGCGCUGUUAUCUCUCACUGAAUUACCGGCUCGCGCUCACUGCGUGGCCGACUGUAUGCAUAAUGAGAGCCGCCGGCGGCCCGACGUCGCCCUUUUAGCGUCUCAGAUAAUUCCAGCACUCGAGUUUCUUCCACGUUAUCUCUCUCUCUCUCUUUCUCACCUGCACGCGCUUUUGAGUUGGGUUUAGCUGUCGAUUGUUACAUUUUUCGGCAUGCCAGAGCAGUGGGUAUACCUCUGUCGUGAGAUGCCCUUUGUGCGUUGAAGAGGAUAAGUCUUAUUCUUGUCGUUUCACAAUACGAAGGGGCCAACUGUUGUAAGAUUUGAAAAUAGACCUGGAUGCUGUUGUGAUUUACUUGUUAUUCCUAGAUUUUGGGUUGAGCAGGCUUUAGGGUAAGGGGAGAAGAGCGGUAACUAAAGCUUUAGUACUGUACAGGCGAAAGCGUAUCCGAAUACCUAUUACUAGUGAGAAGAUGCAGUUCGUGUUUCGUGCCGCCAUUCAUGCAUUACAAUAGGAUGCAGUCACAGUGCUCCUUCUGGGUAGACUCGCACUCUAGUCGCUCUGCGUAGCGCUCUGUCGAACGCUCUCUGACCGUGUACAUACCACCCGGAGCGCCUGGCCUCCUCCGCUGUAGGGCUUGUAAGGUGCACCAUAUCAAACUCAUCUCGCUAGCCCGGCGCGCGCUCCCCGCGGAUCGGUUCGGCCGAGCGCCUCCUGUCGCCGCUCGCUCCAGUCGAGCGGACUCUCGCGUCGCGCGCGGUGUCGCGGUGGGCGCAGCGGCCCUCUCCGAGCCGCCGCUGCCGCUGCCCACCCACUUGUGUCAGCGGCAACACGACAGAUCAUGUAUUUUCCAACCCAUGUCAUUUAUGGUUGUUUUUCGAAUGUAAAUAUCCUUCUUUAAAUACAGAAGAUUACUCAAUUCCUA